UUUCUACUCUGAAUUAAUUUUCUCAGCGCACGCCUAUGUGUGCGUGCAGCGCCAGACGUAUGCGUCUUCUUUUCUCGGUGCUAGGCUGCAUUAGGGCGACGCGCGUUUACCUGGCAAGUCGUGCCGUUGGUAUACAUCGCGGGUAGUGUGUGUGUGUGUUGUACAGUAUAAGUGCGGUGCGAAAAAGUUUUUUGGCGAAUUUUGCUGGUCGAAUUUUCGCUGUUCAGUGCUGCGUGCGCUUCGAAGAGUGUACAUAGCUUCGUCGCUGUUCACAGGCGCAGCGUGUGGCGCAUACCACUCUAGCGUGGCACAUACUUUCAGCAUUAAAAAAUUGGCGAUGUCGAUCUCGGUCGAAUCGCGUCGUCAAUACUGCGCAGAUAAGAGCCAUCAGUAGCCGGCGGCGCAUCUUUAUCAUCGGCAAUAAAACAGUGUUCGGCCGGUUGUACCGCUGAUGGCCAUGCUGUCGGCUGAGAACACAGCUGCUUCGAGGUCUAGGCACGAUGAGCGAAUCGUCACGAGCAGUAUCUCGAUAGCCGUCUGCAAGCGAAAAAGUUGAUAGAAGCUUGGUUGAUCAAAUUUACGCACGUCAACCAUGGGCAAAGUUAAAAUCAACCAGCAACAGCUGCCUAUCAAGGCGCACUUCUUUUUCUUCAUGGCCGCGAUGGGGCCGAUACUGCCAUACCUGCCGGUCUACGGCAAGCAGCUGGGCGUUUCUCCAGCGGUGAUGGGCAGCAUAACGGCAGUACUGCCGCUGCUGUUCCUCGUGGCGAAACCGGCUUUCGGCUUCGUCGUCGAUCACUUUCGCGCCUGGCGACGGGCCAUCUUCGUCGGGCUACUCGCUACGACCAGCGGCUGCUAUGUGCUCAUGUACUUUUUGCCGUCGUUGCCCGCGCCGGUUCUACCAGACAAGGGAGAGUUCUUCAACGUCUCCUGCUCGGCUAUCGAGCGGUGCUCGACGAUGAGAAUCAAUGUAACAGAUUCAUGCGAAGACGACGGCAGGAUAUCGGACUGCGUGUGGAUCUGUCGCGACGCCGGCAACUUCAGCGCGCAAGCCUUCUUCAGGACGAGCCGCGAGGCUAGUUUUGAUAAACAUUCCUCCUGCUUCGUGAGCGAAUCGAACUCGACGUACUGUCUCGAGGAUGACGUCUGUCAAAUCACCUGCGAUGACUCGAAGCACGAGAGCGCCUGUAUCUACUGGUCGCUGACCUUCCUGGGAUUCGUCCUACUGAUGGCCCUUGGAAAUAUCGGCUUCAACGUGUCGAAUUGCAUCAGUGACGCUAUCUGCUUCGAUGUAUUGGGCGAAGGCGGUCAAAUGAGUUACGGAAGGCAAAGGGUCUGGGGUUCGAUCGGUUUUGGAAUCACAGCAUUUAUUGCUGGUUACGCGGUCGAUUUGUGGUCCGGGAACGACACCAUCAAAUCUUACACACCGUCAUUCUUGCUAAUAUCUGCCUUUACGCUCAUCGAUCUUGUGUGCUGCAGCAAAUUGGAGCUCCCGGCGCUGUCCGGCUCCGAGAGUAUACUCAAGGACGUCACGAAAUUGAUUCGCGUCAAGCCCAUCGCGAUUUUCCUCGGCUUCGCCACCAUCGCCGGGAUCCUGGACAGCUUCAUCAUAUACUUUUUGUUUUGGCACAUGGAGGACCUGGCCAAGGACACGGGCUACAUGCACGAGAUCAAACUGAUCGAGGGUCUGACGGUCUUCGCGGAGACGAUCGGCGGAGAGGUGAUAUUCUUCACCUUCUCGGGGAAGAUCCUCAAGAAGAUCGGCUACGGCUACAGCUUCGUCUUCUGCUUCGCGUGCUACGCCUUGAGGCUGGGCCUCAUAUCGCUGGCUCCGACGCCGCGCUGGAUCGUCUUUGUCGAAUUUUUCAUGCAGGGCCCGACCUACGCCCUCUGCUACACUACCAUCGUAGCUUAUGCAAGUGUUGUUGCACCGCCGGGGACCUCGGCUACCGUUCAGGGCAUCGUUGCCGGUAUGGACGACGGUUUGGGAUUUGCAAUAGGUAGUCUCGUCGGUGGAUUUUUGUACGAUUCGUACGGCGGAGCAACGACGCUGAAGGUUUACGCGUCGCUGGCGAUUCUCACGGCAGUUGCGUACCUCAUUACGCACCUGACUUAUCUGAAGCACAUUAUGCCCGAGACUGACACUCGUAAGAAGGUGGAAUGGAAGAGUCCCGAGGAAGCAGCGGAAAAAUGUGCCGAUGCGAAUGAACAAUGACUUAAAAUUCGUCAGCAAAUAUUAACCAUAUCCUGCACCUAGAACUUUUUCAAUUGAAAAAGUAUCGUGAUUGUACUUGUGUCUUUCUAAGAGGAUUCAUCAAACAUAUGUGAUCAUUUUCAGCUAAUCAAUAUUAUUCUCUGUAUGAAGAGAUUGUCAUAUAUAUUUUUAUAAAUGUAAUCAUCUAUUCAUAAGCGCCAAACACAAUAUACCUACAGAGAUGAAUUUUUUAUUUAUUGACUAAAGCUCGAUAUUCAUAUUUCAUUACUGUUUGCAAUAUACAGUAUUAAUAAAUAUUUUUAUAAAACA